AUGAACCUUCAGAUAAUCCUAUACUGUAUUAAUGAACAGAUUGCAGACCCUUGCUACAGAUUUCAAAAAGUUUUGAAGAUUGAUAUUGUGGCUGUCUUGACGUUGCCUCUGAAGAUAAGACAGAAAUCAAAAUCUACCCUUUUAGUGGCUUUUUUCCUUCUAAACAGGGUUGCAUCAGAGUGCACUCGAUUGCUAACAGUGCUUGUCCCUUCAGCACAAGGGCUUCCGAGCUGUAGUGCUGCAUUUGAUAGUCAAAAACAGGCCUUUAGUGCCCACGCCCAGCCCAUGCCAGAGCCCCAUGCCCAGCCCCAUCCCACGCCCCCCCCAGCCCCAGCCCACGCCCCAGCCCCAUGCCCCAGCCCCAUGCCAGGCCCAUGCCCAGCCUAA